UUACCACAAAGAAAUCAAUUUUUCUUCAAGCAUGGACAGUGAAGCUCAGGAGAGCCCUUUACUUCAAUGGAAGCCAGAUGAUUACGGAGGUGUUAAGGUGAACUUGACAGAACCAAUGACUACUGAGGAUUUUGUCCCAAAGCCAGUGCCGGGGAAGAAGGGAAUAUGGAUAAAGUUGGCUGAUGGGCUUGAGAACCUUAUUGCACCUGCGAAAGCGGAAGGGUUUAAAUACCACCAUGCUGAGAGUGAUUACUUGAUGCUUGUAUCUUGGCUCUCAGACUUGCACAACACUAUUCCUGCUAAUGCUUCUCAUCGUAUUGGGAUCGCUGCUUUUGUCUUAAACAGAGUGUGGAAACUGCCUACCGGUGUUAUCAAAGAGGGUGAGGGUGUUUGGGCUGGAGCAGAAAGGGAAGUGGCAGAAGAAACUGGUAUUAAGACGACAUUUAAAGAAGUCCUAGCUUUCAGGGAAAGCCACAAAUCAUUCUCGGAGAAAAGAAAGACGGAUAUAAUGUUUCUCUGUGAGUUGAUCAUGAAACCAGGCACUUUUGAAAUCAAGAAAGAAAAGACUGAGAUCUACGCUGCUAAGUGGAUGCCGAUUGAGGAAUAUGUAAACCAACCCUGGAACCAGGAGAAAGAGUUGUUCAGGUUCAUGGCUAACAUCUGCUUGAAGAUAUCACAUGAGAUAGAAUAUGUGGGUUUCUCCACUGUCCGCACAACAACUUCAACUGGUAGGGAGAGCUAUCUUUACUGCAACACUGAUCAUGCCAACCUCCUCAACGCAACGCGUGGCCCAGCCUCCACCUCCACUCCCACCUCUCGUUGAAAAACCACUCUUCAGAACGUGUUUUCUGUUUCUUUGUUUCAUGUCUAAUGUUCAAUAAGGCACCAGUCUUGCGUGUUAGACUUGCAAUAUGUAAUUCACCAUGUCCUCACUACAAAACAUCAUAUGUAAUAUUUCUUUUGCUACCAAAAAGAGUCAUCUUUUCUUUUUAACAAAUGCACUUCUUUAUU